GGCGCGCGCCGAGCCAGAGCGGCCCGGGCCGGGGCGGCGGCAGCCCGAGCGCCGCGCGAACCAUGGCCUCGCAGGGCGAGCCCGGCUACCUGGCGGCGCAAUCGGACCCAGGCUCCAACAGCGAGCGCAGCACCGACUCGCCGGUGGCCGGCUCCGAGGACGAUCUGGUGGCCGCGGCGCCCCUGCACAGCCCCGAGUGGAGCGAGGAGCGCUUCCGCGUGGACAGAAAGAAACUCGAGGCCAUGCUCCAAGCUGCAGCCGAAGGAAAAGGCAGAAGUGGGGAAGACUUUUUUCAAAAGAUCAUGGAAGAAACAAACACGCAGAUUGCAUGGCCGUCCAAGUUAAAGAUUGGAGCCAAAUCCAAGAAAGAUCCCCACAUCAAAGUUUCCGGGAAGAAAGAUGAUGUGAAAGAAGCCAAAGAAAUGAUCAUGUCUGUCUUAGACACAAAAAGCAACCGAGUCACCCUGAAGAUGGACGUCUCCCACACGGAGCACUCGCACGUCAUCGGCAAGGGCGGCAACAAUAUUAAGAAGGUGAUGGAAGAGACAGGCUGCCACAUCCACUUUCCAGAUUCCAACAGGAACAACCAGGCGGAGAAGAGCAACCAGGUGUCGAUAGCAGGACAGCCAGCAGGAGUAGAAUCGGCCAGAUCGAGGAUUCGGGAGCUGCUUCCUUUGGUGCUGAUGUUCGAGUUACCGAUCGCUGGGAUUCUCCAGCCGGUCCCGGAUCCUAACGCCCCCUCCAUCCAGCGCAUCUCACAGACAUACAGCGUUUCUGUGUCGUUUAAGCAGAGGUCUCGGAUGUAUGGUGCUACUGUCAUAGUACGAGGGUCUCAGAAUAACACUAAUGCUGUGAAGGAAGGGACGGCCAUGCUCUUGGAGCACCUUGCAGGAAGCUUGGCCUCCGCCAUCCCCGUGAGCACGCAACUGGACAUUGCAGCCCAGCACCACCUCUUCAUGAUGGGCCGGAACGGGAGCAACGUCAAACACAUCAUGCAGAGGACAGGGGCGCAGAUCCACUUUCCCGACCCUAGCAACCCACAGAAGAAAUCCACCGUCUACCUCCAGGGCACCAUCGAGUCUGUCUGCCUGGCAAGGCAAUAUCUCAUGGGGUGUCUCCCUCUUGUGUUGAUGUUUGAUAUGAAGGAGGAAAUUGAAGUCAGCCCUCAGUUCAUGGCGCAGCUGAUGGAGCAGCUAGAUGUGUUCAUCAGCAUUAAACCAAAGCCCAAACAGCCAAGCAAGUCUGUGAUUGUGAAAAGUGUUGAGCGAAAUGCCUUAAAUAUGUAUGAAGCAAGGAAAUGUCUCCUCGGACUUGAAAGCAGUGGGGUUUCCAUAGCAACCAGUCUAUCCCCAGCAUCGUGCCCUGCCGGCCUGGCAUGUCCCAGCCUGGAUAUCUUAGCUUCGGCAGGCCUUGGACUCACUGGACUAGGUCUGCUGGGGCCCACCACCUUGUCGCUCAACACUUCAACCACCCCAAACUCACUCCUGAACGCUCUCAACAGUUCAGUCAGUCCUUUGCAAAGUUCAAGUUCUGGUACCCCGAGCCCGACAUUGUGGGCCCCCCCAAUCGCUAACACUGCAAGUGCCACAGGCUUCUCUGCUAUGCCGCACCUUGUGAUCCCAUCGACAGCCCAGGCCACCCUAACUAAUAUCUUGCUGUCUGGAGCGCCCGCCUACGGGCACACAGCCCCGUCUCCCCCUCCUGGCUUGACUCCUGUUGAUGUCCAUCUCAACAGCAUGCAGACGGAAGGCAAAAACAUCUCCGCUUCCAUGAACGGACAUGUGCAGCCCCCAAACAUGAAAUACGGUACACUGUCCACUUCAUCGCUUGGAGAAAAAGUGCUGAGUGCAAAUCACGGUGAUUCAUCCAUGCAGACAGCUGGGCCGGAACAGGCUUCUCCAAAGUCAAGCUCUGUGGAAGGCUGCAAUGAUGCCUUUGUUGAGGUGGGCAUGCCUCGAAGUCCUUCCCAUUCCGGGAACGCUGGCGACUUGAAGCAGAUGCUGGGUCCCUCCAAGGUCUCCUGUGCCAAGCGACAGACGGUCGAGCUGCUGCAGGGCACGAAGAACUCGCACCUGCACAGCACUGACAGAUUGCUCUCAGACCCUGAGCUGAGCGCCACAGAAAGUCCUCGCGCUGACAAGAAGGCUCCAGGGAGCGAGCGCGCAGCGGAGCGGGCAGCGGCUGCCCAGCAGACGGAAAGGGCCCGCCUGGCCUCGCAGCCACCGUAUGUCCACAUGCAGGCAUUUGACUACGAGCAGAAGAAACUGUUAGCCACCAAAGCGAUGUUAAAGAAGCCAGUGGUGACUGAGGUCAGAACUCCUACAAAUACCUGGAGUGGCCUGGGGUUCUCAAAGUCCAUGCCGGCAGAAACCAUCAAGGAGCUGAGAAGAGCGAAUCAUGUGUCCUAUAAGCCCACAAUGACGACCGCCUACGAGGGCUCCUCUCUGUCCCUCUCGAGGUCCAGCAGUCGUGAGCACCUGGCAAGUGGAAGCGAAUCGGACAACUGGAGAGACCGAAAUGGAAUAGGACCCAUGGGGCACAGCGAAUUCGCGGCACCGAUUGGCAGCCCCAAGCGCAAACAGAACAAAUCGAGAGAGCAUUAUCUCAGCAGCAGCAACUACAUGGACUGUAUCUCCUCGUUGACGGGAAGCAAUGGCUGCAACCUGAACAGCUGCUUCAAAGGCUCCGACCUCCCUGAGCUGUUCAGCAAGCUGGGCCUGGGCAAAUACACAGAUGUCUUCCAGCAGCAAGAGAUUGAUCUUCAGACAUUCCUCACGCUCACAGACCAGGAUCUGAAGGAGCUGGGAAUUACGACCUUUGGUGCCCGGAGGAAAAUGCUGCUGGCAAUCUCAGAGCUGAGUAAAAACCGAAGAAAACUUUUUGAACCACCAAAUGCAUGCAGCUCCUUCCUGGAAGGCGGAGCCAGUGGGAGGCUACCCCGCCAGUACCACUCAGAUAUUGCCAGUGUCAGUGGCCGUUGGUAGCGGUACCUUCUGGACACAUACCUGCUAUCUGCAAAGGUGGACAUGAUCUGUGGACAGUAUUCACUGCACCCAUCCGUCCUUGGCACCCUGCGUGUCUGGUAUCAGGACCAAAGCAUUGAAUUCGCACCUGUACUUCAUGGCAAAAAAAAGGAAUGCAAGAGAAGUGUCUCGAGUUCUCAUGUUGCCAUAAAGCACCAAAGGGAGAAUGCUUUUUAAGCUGGCAAUUGGACAGAAUUUGCAAAAAGAGGGUAGGGCUUUGUUUCUUUCUAUUUACCUAUAUUACAUAUGCACUGAUUUUUUUUUUUUUUUUUUUUU